AUGGUCGUCUUUGCCAGGCUUCGAGCAAUGUUCCGCCUAUCGGCAGGCAAUAAUGAGCCAAGCGUCGAUCCGCUGGAAAACUCGCCAGAAGAAAAGAAGGGCAGCUCUGCUUCCGCAAACAAGAUUGACGAAGAAUCGCGCGCGGAACUUCCAAGCCAGGAUCUCCAACGUGGUAUUCAAGAUGUCGAAGCCGUGACAUUAUCGUGGUCCAAGGCCUCCUUAAUCGCGGUCUUUGCAAACAUAUGGAUGCUUUAUUUUGUCAAUGCAAUGCAGAGUUCCACUCUCUAUAACCUGACUUCUUUUGUCACGAGUGAUUUCUCCGCUCAUUCUCUUUUAAAUGUCAUCCCCAUUGUUUCCAGUACCAUGUCCGCAGCAACAUACAUCCCCUUGGCCAAGGUUAUGGACGUUUGGGGCCGCGCCGAGGGCUUCCUCAUCAUGGCAACAUUCUCGACCUUGGGCUUGGUUCUUAUGGCAACUUGCAACAAUCUCGCCACUUUUUGUGCCGCAAAUGUUUUUUACACCAUUGGUUUUGGGGGUAUCACAUAUUGCGUAGAUGUGAUUACUGCAGACGCAUCUAAGUUGAAGAAUCGAGGCUUAGCAUAUGCUUUCACAUCUUCUCCAUACAUCAUUACCGCAUUUGCCGGGCCAAAAGCGGCAGAUCGGUUCUACUAUGAAGUGAGCUGGCGAUGGGCUUUCGGCUGCUGGGCUAUUGUAUUUCCAAUCGUUGCGGCCCCUUUAUAUGUGGUGCUGAAGUACAACCUUCGCAAGGCUAAAAUCACGGGCAUUGCGCGUCAUGAAACAGUGCCCCGAACAGUUUUGCAGGCGACCUGGCAUUAUAUUAGCGAAUUCGAUAUUAUUGGAGUGAUAUUGUUCUCAGCUGGUCUCACGCUGUUUUUUCUACCGUUCAGUAUCGCGGAUAAUGCCCCUAAUGGAUGGGCAUCUGACUACAUAAUUGCCAUGCUUGUCGUCGGCUUCGUCUGCCUGUUCUUGUUUGCUCUAUUCGAAAAAUUCUUGGCUCCAAAGCCAAUGUUCAAAUUCAGCUUCCUAACCAAUCGAACCGUCAUCGGAGCUUGUCUAUUGGAUGCGACAUACCAACUUUCUUAUUACUGCUGGAAUAAUUAUUACACGUCGUUCUUGCAGGUGGUUAACGACUUGACACUGGCGGAAGCUGGCUAUGUUAAUAACACUUUCGACGUUGUUUCUGGUGUGCUCCUGUUGUUUGUCGGUUAUCUGAUCCGAAGGACUGGCUAUUUCAAGUGGCUUCUAUACGUCGCCGUCCCACUAUACAUCUUCGCCCAAGGAUUAAUGAUCUAUUUCCGCCGUCCCAACCAGUCCGUUGGUUAUCUUGUCAUGUGCGAAAUUUUUAUCUCCAUUGGUGGUAGCAUAUUCAUUAUCGUCGAACAGCUCGCAAUCCUGGCUGCGGUUGACCAUCAACAUGUUGCUGCUGCCCUUGCUUUGUUAAAUGUAGUCGGAACUGUUGGCGAUGCUGCAGGAUCUACAAUAUGCGCAGCAAUAUGGACAAAUACAUUUGAAAAGGCGCUCAUCCGUUAUCUGCCAGAAUCAGCCAUGGCGAAUUUGGACUAUAUCUACGAACGGCUCGACAUACAGCUUGAGUAUCCUGUAAAAAGCUUAACCCGAGAAGCCAUACAAAACGCAUAUGCCUAUUCACAGAUGAGAAUGCUAGCUGUGGGAACUGGUAUCAUGGCUCUUGCAUUUAUUUGGGUCCUUAUGAUCCGAAACAUUCACCUGGGCAAGGUUGAUCAAGUCAAGGGCAUGGUAUUCUAG